CCCCGGAAGAGGCCGUCUUUCUUCCUCUGCGAUCUCAGGGUUUCGGGCUGGGCACCGGCCACCCUACUGGGCUGGACCGAUGGGGUCGAGGGAGGAGAGGGGCUCCGUCUGAGUCCUUAUUACAAUCUUCAUACCACCCUUCCAGGCUCUGACAUUGUGACACCUUCUCGCGCAACCCAUACAUCUCGUCUCGGUAUGAGUGAUUUCUUAAGACCAUUUUCAACUCUACAAGAAAGGCUACAAUGGCAUUCCCUCACCUACAACAGCCUAGCUCCCUACUGGCUGACUCUAUAAAUAAGCCCUUUGCACAGAGGUGCCAAGACUUGGUAAAAGUCUUUGAGGAUUUUCCAGCAAAGGAGCUGCACAGCAUCUUCCCAUUGCUGGUCGAGAGCAUCUUCGGCAGUUUGGAUGGCGUCCUUGUUGGCUGGAAUCUCCGGUGCCUGCAGGGCCGUGUGAACCCUAUAGAGUACAGCAUUGUAAUGGAAUUUCUAGAUCCUGGUGGCCCAAUGAUGAAGUUGGUUUAUAAGCUUCAAGCUGAAGACUAUAAGUUUGACUUUCCUGUUUCCUACUUACCUGGCCCGGUGAAGGCAUCCAUCCAGGAGCACAUCCUCCCUGACAGCCCUCUGUAUCAUAACAAGGUCCAGUUUCCCCCGACUGGGGGCCUUGGCCUGAACUUGGCGCUUAAUCCGUUUGAGUAUUACAUAUUCUACUUUGCUUUGAGCCUCAUCACUCAGAAGCCACUGCCCGUGACCCUCCGUGUCCGUACUUCAGACUGUGCCUAUUUCACCCUGGUGGACAGGUACCUGUCUUGGUUCCUGCCCACUGAAGGCAGUGUUCCCCCUCCACUCUCCACCAGCCCUGGUGGGGCCAGCCCAUCACCAGCUCCCAGGACUCCAGCUAUGCCCUUUGCCUCCUAUGGCCUCCAUCACACCAGCCUCCUGAAGCGACAUAUCUCUCAUCAGACAUCUGUGAACGCAGACCCUGCCUCCCAGGAGAUCUGGAGGUCAGAAACUCUUCUCCAGGUUUUUGUUGAAAUGUGGCUUCACCAUUAUUCCUUGGAGUUGUACCAGAAAAUGCAGUCCCCUCAUGCCAAGCUGGAGGUUCUGCACUACCGACUCAGUGUCUCCAGCGCCCUCCACAGCCCUGCCCAACCCAGCCUCCAGGCCCUCCACGCCUACCAAGAGUCAUUCACACCCUCUGAGGAGCACGUGCUCGUGGUGCGUCUCUUGCUGAAGCACCUGCAUGCCUUUGCCAACAGCCUAAAGCCUGAGCAGGUCUCGCCUUCCACCCAUUCCCACGCCACCAGUCCCUUGGAGGAGUUUAAACGGGCUGCUGUUCCGCGAUUUGUCCAGCAGAAGCUCUACCUCUUCCUGCAGCACUGCUUUGGCCACUGGCCCCUGGAUGCAUCCUUCAGAGCUGUCCUGGAAAUGUGGCUGAGCUACCUGCAGCCAUGGAGGUACGCAUCUGAGAAGCAGGCCCAGAGCAAUGAGUCCCAGCCCCGGACUGUGUCAGAGAAAUGGGCACCCUUCGUCCAGGAGAACCUGCUAGUGUACACCAAACUCUUUGUGGGCUUCCUGAACCGCGCACUCCGCACAGACCUGGUCAGCCCCAAAAACGCGCUCAUGGUGUUCCGAGUGGCCAAAGUGUUUGCCCAGCCCAACCUGGCUGAAAUGAUCCAAAAAGGUGAGCAGCUAUUCCUGGAGCCAGAACUCGUCAUCCCCCAUCGCCAUCACCGACUCUUCACAGCUCCUACUGUCACUGGCAGCUUCUUGUCACCAUGGCCACCAGCCGUUACUGAUGCCUCAUUUAAGGUGAAGAGCCAUGUCUACAGCCUGGAGGGCCAGGACUGCAAGUAUAUCCCGAUGUUCGGGCCUGAGGUCCGGACUCUGGUGUUACGCCUUGCUCAGCUCAUCACGCAAGCCAAGCAGACUGCCAGGUCCAUCUCUGACCAGUAUGUGGAGAGCCCCCCUGGCCGGUCCUUCCUGUCAUGGCUGGGCUUCUCCCCUACAGAUCCAAAUAGCUGCUACCCAGCUAAUGACCUGGAUGAGAUGGGUCAGGACAGUAUCCGAAAGACAGACGAGUACCUAGAGAAGGCCCUUGAGUACCUGCGCCAGAUAUUCCGACUCAGUGAAGCCCAGCUCGCCCAGCUCACACUUGCUCUGGGGACCACACAGGAUGAAAAUGGGAAGAAGCAGCUCCCAGACUGCAUCGUGGGGGAGGACGGGCUCAUCCUUACGCCCCUGGGCCGCUACCAAAUCAUCAAUGGGCUGCGCAAAUUUGAAAUUGAGUACCAAGGGGACUCAGAGCUGCAGCCCAUUCGGAGCUACGAGAACGCCAGCCUGGUCCGAGCGCUCUUCCGGCUGUCAUCAGCCAUCAAUCGCAGAUUUGCAGGCCAGAUGGUUGCUCUCUGUUCCCGGGAUGACUUCCUUGGCAGCUUCUGUCGCUACCACCUCAUUGAGCCUACACUGGCCAACAGGCACCUGCUGAGCCCUGUGGGGCGGAGGCAGGCGGCCAGCCAGGCCCGGGGCCCCAGGCUCAGCCUGCGCUUCCUGGGCAGCUACCGGACACUCUUCUCAUUCUUGCUGGCCUUUGUCAUGGGCUCACUGUUGUGCAUCAGGCCCCUGCCCUGCACUCUGCUUCUUGUCCUGGGCUACCUCCUCUAUGCCAUGGCCAUGACACUGCUGACGGAACGGGGAAAGCUUCACCAGCCCUGAUGGGGGCCGUUGUCUCCAGAGCAGACUGCUGGGAUUUGUUGCACUAGGCCUGAAAGGUCCUGGCAGGCUGCUGACAGGCCAGAGCGUGGUCAUCUUUGGACUUCUAAGUUUUGUUUUCCUGUGACCAUGGAAUCAUCCAGAAGAAACUGAAAUGAGAAGGGAGACUGACGAGGAAGGAGCAGGGUCACAGGGUUCUUGAGCCGUGCUGUGGGACAACCAGAGCUGGCAGCAACCAUUUACUAUGCCAGCCCAAGGCCCUGCAAGCAACUGAGCUAGUCUUGGAGGCCUACAUAACCAUUUGAAGAUUUUGCCAUGUGAAACAGACUAUUGUGUCCACAGUGACUCCAGGCCUGGGCUGUCCACUGUGGUUGUCCUUGAAGUGGGCAGAGUGUGACAUCUCUCCCCAAGAGAGUCCCCAAUAGCAGCUUAGCCUCCCCUCAAGCAAGAAUCAGUUUCUAAAAGAAAUUCCUGAGAAAAGUAAAUAAUUGCUCCUCUGAUUCACUUUAAAGCGAAGGUUUGCUAUCACAUUUGAAAAAGGAAUGAUGGUUCUCUUUUAUGUUCUCCCAGUGAGUCCAAAACUGGGCUGAAAGUGCCACUUUUGAAUUCCAUGGAGACCCUCUCAGAGCAGAGCAUCGCACUUCACCUCUGGCCCCCAACCCUCUGAAGUCCUGCACCAUGAGCAAGCACUGGUGGAGGCAGAGGGCUAUAGCAGUCCUGCUGGCUUCUGUGCACAACCAAAGAUGGGCAAAAACUCCUCCCUAAACCAGGGACUCAGAGACAGUAAUGCUUUUGAUAACACAUACCUGGUAUAUGACAGCUACACAUUCAUCGUCAAAAAUAAAUCAGUCUCAACUUUGUUCAUCCUGCAGACAAUAUACCACAACAGUGUCUUGCUGGUGAUUUUAAACCCAAGCCUCUGUUUUUUGGUGUAUGUGGGAUUUUUUUUUUAAAAAACCCCCCAGAAUAACAUGUUUUCAAAUUGUAAUGUUGGGCCUUGUAUUUUGAUGUAAUCUCAGGAUACAUUUUGGAGUCCAUGACCAAAAAUCCAAUUGAAAAGUAACUUAACCAUGGAUCUGAAUAAACCAAUUCUUGAUUCCAA